AUGGAGUCAGAGGAUUCACGGCCAGGGUCGUCCGCAUCUAAUUCAUCAUCAAACUCUGAACAAUCGCUUCCAUAUAACAACUCAGAAGAAAAACAGAAAGCAGCAAGUCCUGCUAGCAGUUCAAGAAGUAGGGGAUCACGACGUUCAGGAUCAAUCAAUGAAGGAUCGCAAAGAUCUCAAUCAAAGUCAGAUUCGGAUUCAUCCUCAUCAUCCAGCAGUGAAAAUGACGACGAUGAAGAUAAUAAAUUCGAUAAUGCUCAGGCGUUAGGAUCUCCCAUCAAAGGCAAUGAGACGGGUGAAAACGAUGAAAUACAUUCAUCUAAUUCUCCAAGGAGGAGUACAAGGGGAUCGAGUACGUCUUCCAAUCCCAGUCGCAAUAACAGUGAGGAGAGACACAAUCCUACAUCUGAGAUGAAUAUGAGUCAUGAAGACCUCAGCGACGUUAGUGACUUGGAAAGUGAAAAGCGUGAAUCACACUACAACAACAGCAAACAGUCAAUGGAUGAUGAAAGUACGAAUGGAGUAGAUGAUGCUUCGAAAGAUCAGACUAGUAAGAACUCCUAUGCGCAUGAAGACACGAAAUCGAAUUCACCCUUAAUGGAUUUACGACAAAAAUUGGAAAUGAAGAAAAAUCUGCUAAACAAUAAUGGCGCUUCAACUGAAAGUGAUGGAAAAACCUUAAAUGGAAAAAGUGGGAUGGUUGGUGAAUCAUUGGAAGAUUUGGUAAAAACUCAUGAUGAUGAUGCGCUUGAUUUUGAAGCAGAAGAAGGUGAAUGUAAUGAUGUUAGUAAAGAUGAAGACAAAAACGAGGAGAAGAAUACAGAGAAUAGCGAGAAUGCUAAUUCCUCGCCAAAAACAAAACCCGUUGACGACGAAGAGCUGGAAGAAGGUGAGGUAUCUGACGAGGACGAUAAACGUCCUGAAGAAACUGAGCCAAAGCCAGUUUGCAGAUUUUACACUAGAGGACAGUGUACAUGGGGAAUGAGUUGUCGUUUUCUUCAUCCCGGCGUAACGGACAAGGGCAAUUAUACUAUGUUUGAUUUGGUCAGGCCUGUACCAUUGCUUCAAGGGGGAACUACGGGAAGUAGAGCCUCAGGUUAUAAUAUACAUUCUUCUGAAUACCACGACUACCGCACAGAACGACCCUCUUUGCAUCACCGAAGUGCUAUACCUCACGUUUCUAAUGUGUUUGCACCAGCACAUGAAACUCGGCCAAUAUCAGGGGAUGGUCCCGUUGUUGUUGAGAGUGCAUGGGAACGAGGUCUGCGUACUGCAAAAGAAAUGAUGCGAAAGGCAAAUAAACGAAAAGAACAGGACAUGGAUUUUGAAGAUAAGAAAAUGCAUCUGACAUUAUCACCCGAUGAGUUGGAAAAGGAUCCUUACUAUGCAAAAGAUCGUUUAUCACCAGCCGAGGUUAUUCGCCAUCCUUUAUAUCCAGAGGCCGUAGGUGAUGUAUAUGGUCCAGCUGAGCGUUAUAAUCGUGGACCUCCAGCAUCCCAUUACGAUGAUAUAGAUCCUUACGGCCGCUCAGCUCGAUAUAGAGAACUUCCGCCGCAUCGUAUGCCGCAAUAUGAAGAUGAUAGACGUGUACGUCCCACAAGAGAAGUGAUUGUACAACGAGUGGAACCAGUAGGGCGCGGGGAUGAGUGGAAUGAUCCAUGGAUGAGGUCAAAAUCUCCAGGUGGCAGAGGUUCCUCGCGAGAUAGGGGUGAUAAAAGACGAAGGGAUCGCCGAAGUUACAGUAGUAAUUCAUCGUACUCAAGCUCCAGUAGUUCGCAAAGCGAUUCCAGUUCCGACUCCAGUCGUUCUCUUAGCUCCCGUGAUCACCAUCGACGUCGAUAUGCAAGCAACUCCCAUAAAUCUCCUACAUCGCGCAGAACCGGUGGAAGGUCUUUGAGGUCUCCAUCUUUGUCAACAAGAAGAUCUAGGCGUACCCCAAGUUUACAUCAUUCGCCAUCUUCGAAACGACGAACAAACUCUUCUCUAUCGCCAGUAUAUAAUAGAGGUAAUGCAUAUAGCCCGGUUCAUAAGAAAAAACGUGCUUCUCCACUUCCUAAGAAAACACAUACUGGCCGAACUAAACUUAGACGUCGACACUCAUCAUCUUCUUCGGACUCUGUUUCAUCGGACUCUACUGCUUCUGAAUCGGAAUCGGACUCAGGUUCAUCCUCUUCUGGAAGCUCUUCCCGCUCAAGGGACAACUCACCACCAAAACGAUUGCGUACCACGGACAAAACAAGCGUUAGCGAACGGAAAGUGACUAAAAAUGUGGAAGUACCGAAAAAAAGAUCACCUAUAACUAUAGAAUUGAAGAAACCAGCAGCAGUGGGCGUUUCGGCGCUUGCUUCUCCGACACACUCGACUACAUCAGAGAGAGAUUCGAAAAAAUCGAGACGUGAAGAACUUUUGAAGCAGUUACGAGCCGUCGAGGACGCAAUCGCCAAAAAGAGAUCAAAACUUGCAUAACGAA